AUGCUUCAUAUCUCUUGCCAGCCAUGGACAACCACCCAUCCACCUGCACAUUUCUUGACUGAUCACCGUGCACGAGAGGAAGGAGAAUGGCGCAAGCGUCAGGCCAGUGCGUGGCGCUUCGCCGCGCCCGUUGCCAUCGUCCUGGCAACCAGGGAUGCAGGUCACGCGCGCAGGAGACGAGUAGCUCUGGCUGCCUCGAAGGGAGAGGAUGCAAGCUCCGUGGGAUUCCGACGGCGGGGCCUGGCCCAAGUUGCUGCCGCCAGCAUUCCGGAGCUUGCGCAGGCGAAGGACGGGGAGGACAUGGCGGACUGGCGCGCGUUCCCACGAGAUUUUCUGUGGGGUGUGGCCACAGCAGCUUUUCAGGUUGAAGGUGCGGCGUCUGAAGGUCGUGGGCCAUCUAUCUGGGACACCUUCUCGCAUGUCCAAGGCAACAUCUUCGAAGAUGCUACAGCAGACGUGGCGUGUGAUCACUUCCACCGGUACAAGGAGGAUGUGCAGCUCAUCAAGCAGCUUGGCGUCAGGACAUACCGAUUCUCCAUCUCGUGGUCCCGGGUACUACCGACUGGCACAGUGAAAGGCGGCGUCUCUGAAGAGGGCUUGGCUUUCUAUGCUUCCUUGUGCCAAGAGCUGCUUGCAAACGGAAUUGAGCCGGUUGCCACACUGUACCACUGGGACUUGCCGCAGGGGCUGGAGGACUCCGGCGGCUGGCUCAAUCGGCAGACCGUGGACGCGUUCAAAGACUACGCGCAGCUGUGCUUCUCCCGCCUGGGGCGCUACAUCAAGACCUGGUGCACCAUCAACGAGCCUUGGACGCAGUGCAUCGUGGGCUACUGCUUCGGCUCGCAUGCGCCCGGGCGCAGCGUUGCUCCAGGCGAGGAGCCCUACCUGGUGGGCCAUCACAUGCUGCUGGCUCAUGCAGCCGCGGCCCAGGUAUACAAAGCAAUAAAGCCACCGGAGGGCCGACUGGCUAUGGUCCUCAACACUGAGUGGCCUGAGGCCCAGGAACCAAAGAAUCCACAGGACAUUGCGGCUGUCGAGCGGUUUCUGGCGUUUAACAUCGGCUGGUUCGCUGAUCCGCUGUACACAGGCGAUUACCCAGAGCUCAUGAAGAGUCGGGUUGGGGAGCGGCUGCCGAAGUUCUCAGACGCGGAGAAGGAAGCCCUGAGAGGCUCCAACGAUUUCUUCGCGCUGAACUGCUAUUCCGCGCGCUACAUCUGCGAGGACACUCCUUGGAGGAAGCUCCAGAACUUUCAGGCAACCCUGAAGAUCCUUCCCUACAUCUCUGAUGUGCCAGUAGCCCGAUUCAAGGCUGCCAUCGCGGAAAAGCAGGCGAUGUCUUCGGAGGAGAGUGUGCCCAGUGCAGCUUCGCCGCCUGGGCUUCUGGGUGGUCCCGCCUCGCCACCCCCAGACAAGCCCGUCCCCAGCAACAGCUGGCUCACCGAUGCAAGCUACGAAACAGCGGUGCCGUUAGAUGCCGAGUUGACCGCCACUGGCUGGCCUGUGGCACAUUUUGGACUGGGCCGCCUGCUCCUGUACAUUCAGCAGAAAUACCAGCCGCCAGGCGGUAUCCUGAUUACAGAAGCAGGCGCGGCUUUCAAGGAAGCGGGCGGGUCGCCGGCGCCUGCCACAGCAGAUGCGGACCAAGCUUCCUACUUGCAAUCGCAAGCUGUCGUUGUCAGGCGCGCCAUGCAAGAAGGUGCAGAUGUCCGCGGCUACAUCUGGUGGACUUUGAUGGAUAACUUUGAGUGGAGCUACGGAUACUCCAAAAGAUUUGGCUUAUACGAGGUCGACUUUACAGGAUCCCUGGCUCGUAGGCCACGGCCAGCGGCGGCAGCUUUUCAAGCGCUCGCCAAGCAGAAUCGGGUCCCAACGGCUGUCUCUGAUCUCGAGUAUACUCGGUGCCUUGAUCGUCCAGACGCGCGAUAG